ACUGACGCAAGCCAGCGGAGGCAGAGGGAUUGGCACGGAGCAGAACAAGGCUCUCUGCAGACAAUUGGGACAGGAAGCAAGGAAGGAAAGGGUCUUUUACCCGGAGGAAGACUGGCAACCUCGUUGGGAUUGUGACAAGACAGCCACACAGUAGCUCCAGAGACCACCCAUUUCCAUAAUCCCAGACGACAAGGACACCACAAGAAGCAUACUCUUUAUAGCUGCCCUUGUACUGAAUUCCCUGGCUGCAUGGAUCUUCUUUAGCAUCCCCAGCACCUCGACAUUUGUUGUCUUUCUAAAGAACGUGGUGGUGGCUGAUUUGCUGAUGACUCUGACCAUCCCUCUGAGAAUCCUGAGUGAUGCAGGUGUGGGUUCCUGGCAUCUACGGGCCUUUCACUGCCGGUACUCUGCAGUUCUUUUCUACAUCACCAUGUACAUCAGCAUCCUCUUGCUGGGCCUCAUCAGCCUGGACCGCUACCUGAAGAUAGUCAGGCCAUUUGGAAAGUGCGCCCUGCAGCAGGUCCGUGUCGGUCAGAAGCUGAGUGCAGCUGUCUGGGCAGUGAUGUUAUCUUUAGCACUACCCAAUGUCAUUUUAAGUGAUCAGCCACCACGCAUUUCUGGAGGAAAGUUGAAGUGCAGCUCCAUGAAGAGCAAAGCUGGCUUGCUUUGGCAUGAAGGAUUCAACUACUUCUGUCAGGUGAUUUUCUGGGGCACCCUGGCCUUGAUGGUGGUUUGCUACACGUUCAUCAGCAAGAAGGUGUAUGAGUCCUACAAAGCCUCAAAGAGCAGAUCUCAGGCCGCCAGUCGCAAAACAAAAGCAAAGGUCUUCGUGGUGGUGGGGGUGUUUUUCAUCUGCUUCGCCCCCUUUCACUUUGCCCGCGUUCCCUACACUCUGACCCAAACCCGCAACGUGGCAAGUCAUUGCCAGGCACUCUACGUUGCCAAGGAAACCACCCUGUGGCUGUCGGCUACUAAUGUAUGUCUGGACCCGCUCAUCUACGUGUUCCUGUGCAAGGUAUUUAGGAAAAGACUGACAGCUGCACUCGGCCCUAAAGUUCUCCACAAAAGUACCAUGGAUUCUCUCACGGCAACAUCAACUCAGCUGGAGAUGUCACAGAUACCCCACAGUAAAAGACUGUCAUACAAUGGCAUGCCAGAGUGACACACUGGACAAUGAUUCACCGGGACAUGUUUAGUCACUGUCGAGGCACAUGAACAAUUGUGUAAUUUGACCUGUCAAUGGCCUUUUUUUUUUGACGACAGGGCAUGUAAAUAUUCCAAAAUGACUGCAAGAUGAUCAAAAUCUGCUGAUAGGACAAUGCUAGGUCACAGAAAAAAGUCAAAUAGUCAUGAAGUUUCAUUACAGCAAUGACUUCCGUUUCUGAUACAGUACUAACCAAGCACUUGUGCAUGUUUGCUAACUCAUCCACCACAUUUCCUUAACUGUGCUCACUGUCAUCUUCAACUUCCUUCUGUCUAAUCUUGUUUAAACUGCACUUUCCCUUUGUAAACAUCUUGACAGGACAUAUUCUCAAAUGAAUUACACCCCACACACAGCAUUACCAAGGACUUUAUUAUAAUAAUUGUAUAACAAUUUAACAAUACAGCUCAAAUAUAUGGAUAAUAUAAAUAGAUAAUCAUAAAAAUAUGUCAUACUGUAACUGUAUGUUGUUAAAGUUUUACAU